AUGGGAGCCGGUAUCGUUCAGGUAGCCGCGCAAAAAGGCUACGCUGUGACCAUGGUGGACCUCGACGAGAGUAGCUUGGAACGAGGAAAGGGCAUCAUCAAUUCGUCCCUAAAACGAGUGGCAAAGAAGCAAUUCAAGGAUGACGAGCAGAAACAAAGUGAAUUUAUUAAAUCUACAUUGUCAAGCAUAAAGACCAGCACCGACUUGUCGAAGAGUGCGGAAAGUGCAGAUUUAAUCGUUGAGGCCAUCGUCGAAAACCUUCAAAAGAAACAAAAGUUAUUUAGCUCCUUGGAUAAAAUCGCACCGAAGGAUUCGAUCUUUGCCUCUAACACUUCAAGUUUGCCAAUAAUAGAGAUCGCGAAAGCGACCGAUCGAACAGAUAAAUUCGCAGGGUUACACUUUUUCAAUCCGGUUCCACAAAUGAAACUGGUGGAGGUCGUGAAAACCGAAAGCACCAGUGAUGAGACCCAUCACGCUUUGAUGGAGUUCUCAAAGAAGUUAGAUAAGACGCCGGUGACGUGCAAGGACACUCCUGGGUUCAUCGUCAACCGCCUCCUGGUGCCUUACCUGUUGGAGGCGAUUCGUCUCGUCGAACGAGGCGUGGCUACACCAGGUGACGUGGACACGGCCAUGAAAUUAGGUGCCGGCAUGCCCAUGGGUCCAUUCGAACUUUCCGACUUUGUUGGGUUGGACACAUUGAAAUCUAUCGCGGAUGGCUGGCGCGAAGGUGGGCAGGUUGAUUCCAACCUUGUCGUAAAGAUCAAGACGCUGGAUGAUCUUGUUCGCGCGGGAAAUCUUGGACGCAAAACCGGAAAAGGAUUCUUCUCCUACUAG